AAUUUCCUCCGGUACCCGUUGAAGAGGAGUCUUGACUAGCGGCCGCAGCGGCGGAGGGCGACCUGAGGUGAAAGACACCGGGAAGGCGCGUGAGAGAACCUCUCGGUCUCUUCGUUUCUCCUACCCUGAGCUUCCAUGGCUGUGGCGCGGCCGCGCCACCUCUGAGGGAAGCCGGAGAGUUCGCGCCGCCCUCUCACCCCUCCCCUCCCCCACCGCCCCGGGAAGCCAGGCGCUUCGCUCGUUCGCUUGCUCGCUCGGGGCCGCUGGGGCCUAACGCUGCGCGGCGGAGCUGCCGAAUCCCCGGGGCGCGCGCGGUCCUCCUUGUCCGCCCGCCCGCCCGCCGCGAUGGCGCCGCUGCUGGGCCGCAAGCCUUUCCCUCUGGUGAAGGCGCUGCCCGGAGAGGAGCCGCUCUUCACCAUCGCGCACACUCAGGAGGCCUUCCGCACCCGGGAAGAGUAUGAAGCCCGCUUGGAACGGUACAGCGAACGUAUUUGGACGUGUAAGAGCACUGGAAGCAGUCAGCUAACACACAAGGAGGCCUGGGAGGAGGAACAGGAAGUUGCCGAGCUUUUGAAGGAGGAGUUCCCUACCUGGUAUGAGAAGCUUGUUCUGGAAAUGGUUCACCAUAACACAGCUUCCUUAGAGAAGUUAGUAGACACUGCUUGGUUAGAAAUCAUGACCAAAUAUGCUGUGGGAGAAGAGUGUGACUUCGAGGUUGGAAAGGAGAAAAUGCUCAAGGUGAAGAUUGUGAAGAUUCACCCUUUAGAGAAAGUUGAUGAAGAGGCUGCAGAGAAGAAGUCUGAUGGGGCCUGUGAUUCUCCAUCAAGUGAUAAAGAGAAUUCCAGUCAAAUGGCUCAGGACCACCAAAAGAAGGAGACAGUAGUCAAAGAGGAUGAAGGCAGGAGAGAGAGUAUCAAUGACAGAGCACGUAGGUCUCCACGAAAACUUCCUACUUCAUUAAAAAAAGGAGAAAGGAAAUGGGCUCCUCCAAAAUUUCUGCCUCACAAAUAUGAUGUGAAGCUACAAAAUGAAGACAAGAUUAUCAGUAAUGUACCAGCAGACAGCUUGAUUCGCACAGAGCGCCCGCCAAACAAGGAAAUAGUGCGAUACUUCAUUCGGCAUAAUGCCUUACGUGCUGGGACUGGUGAAAAUGCACCUUGGGUGGUAGAAGAUGAAUUGGUGAAGAAAUACUCCCUGCCUAGCAAGUUCAGUGACUUUUUGCUUGAUCCAUAUAAGUACAUGACUCUCAACCCCUCUACCAAGAGGAAGAAUACUGGCUCUCCAGACAGGAAGCCCUCCAAGAAAUCCAAGAGGGACAGUUCUUCCCUGAGCUCUCCACUGAACCCUAAGUUAUGGUGCCAUGUGCACUUGGAGAAGUCAUUAAAUGGCCCACCACUCAAGGUGAAAAAUUCUAAGAAUUCCAAGUCCCCAGAAGAGCAUCUGGAAGAAGUAAUGAAGAUGAUGUCCCCCAACAAGCUGCACAACUUCCACAUUCCUAAGAAAGGCCCAGCCACCAAAAGACCAGGGAAGCCCAGUGACAAACCCCUGAAAGCCAAGGGCAGAAGCAAAGGCAUCCUGAAUGGACAGAAGUCCACAGGGAAUUCCAAGUCACCCAAGAAGUGUUUGAAGACUCCUAAGACCAAAAUGAAGCAGAUGACUUUAUUGGAUAUGGCCAAAGGCACUCAGAAGAUGACUCGAGCCCCACGGAGUUCUGGGGGUGUGCCAAGGUCCUCCAGUAAGCCUCAUAAACAUCUGCCUCCUGCCGCCCUGCACCUGAUAGCCUACUACAAAGAAAACAAAGACAAGGAGGACAAGAAGAGUGCCCUGUCAUGUGUCAUUUCCAAAACAGCACGACUCCUCUCCAGUGAAGACCGAGCACGGCUCCCAGAAGAGCUUCGGACUCUUGUCCAGAAACGCUACGAGCUUCUGGAGCACAAAAAGAGAUGGGCCUCUAUGUCUGAAGAGCAGCGAAAAGAAUAUUUGAAAAAGAAACGGCAGGAGCUGAAGGAGCGGCUGCGGGAAAAAGCCAAAGAACGGAGGGAGAAAGAAAUGCUAGAGAAGCUGGAAAAGCAGAAACGCUAUGAGGACCAGGAGUUAGGAGGCAGAACCCUCCCGGCCUUCAGGCUGGUGGAUACCCCUGAAGGGCUGCCCAACGCUCUUUUUGGGGACGUGGCCCUAGUAGUGGAGUUCCUGAGCUGUUACUCUGGGCUGCUCCUGCCCGAUGCUCAGUACCCCAUCACUGCCGUGUCCCUCAUGGAAGCUCUGAGUGCAGACAAGGGUGGCUUCUUGUACCUAAACAGAGUGCUGGUCAUCUUGCUGCAGACCUUGCUCCAGGAUGAAAUCGCAGAAGACUAUGGAGAGCUGGGCAUGAAGCUUUCAGAAAUCCCACUCACUUUGCAUUCGGUUUCAGAACUGGUCCGGCUCUGCUUGCGCAGGUCUGACCUCCAGGAGGACAGUGAGGGCUCAGAAACAGAUGACAAUAAAGAUUCUGCACCAUUUGAAGACAACGAGGUGCAGGAUGAGUUCUUAGAGAAGCUGGAGACCUCUGAAUUUUUUGAGCUUACCUCAGAGGAGAAGCUGCGGAUCUUGACGGCUCUCUGCCACCGGAUCCUCAUGACAUACUCUGUGCAAGACCACAUGGAGAAGAGGCAGCAGAUGUCUGCAGAGUUGUGGAAGGAGCGGCUUGCUGUACUAAAGGAGGAGAAUGAUAAGAAGAGAGCAGAGAAACAGAGGCGGAAAGAGAUGGAAGCCAGGAACAAAGAAAACGGAAAAGAGGAGAAUGGGCUAGGCAAAAUGGACAGGAAAAAAGAAAUUGUGAAGAUGGAGCGCCAAGCUGACACUGAAACGGAUGACAUGAUUAGUGCUGUCAAGAGCAGGAGGCUGCUCACCAUGCAAGCUAAGAGGGAGCGGGAAAUCCAGGAGAGAGAAAUGAAAGAGAGACUGGAACGGGAAGCUGAAGAGGAACGAAUACGGAAGCACAAGGCAGCUGCCGAGAAGGCUUUCCAGGAAGGAAUUGCCAAGGCAAAACUUGUUUUGCGCAGGACACCUCUUGGUACAGAUCGAAACCAUAAUAGAUACUGGCUCUUCUCAAAUGAAGUCCCAGGAUUGUUCAUUGAGAAAGGCUGGGUGCACAACAGCAUCGACUACCGGUUCAAGCAUCACCGCAAAGACCACACUAACUCCCCUGAUGAGGAUUACUGUCCCCGAAGUAAGAAAGCAAACUUGGGCAAAAAUGCAAGUGUGAUUACACACCAUGGGUCUUCACUAGAAGCUGCUGUGGAGACCACGGUGCCCAAGCAAGGACAGAACCUGUGGUUCUUAUGUGACAGUCAGAAGGAGCUGGAUGAGCUGCUAGACUGCCUUCACCCUCAGGGAGUAAGAGAGAGUCAGCUGAAAGAGAGACUGGAGAAGAAGUACCAUGAGAUCACUCACUCUAUUUAUCUGGCUCGGAAGCCAAAUUUGGGUCUAAAAUCCUGUGAUGGCAACCAGGAGCUCUUAAACUUUCUCCGGAGUGAUCUCAUUGAAGUCGCCACCAGGCUGCAGAAAGGAGGACUUGGCUACAUGGAAGAAACGUCAGAGUUUGAAGCCCGGGUUGUUAACUUAGAGAAACUGAAGGAUUUUGGUGAGUGUGUCAUUGCUCUUCAAGCUAGUGUCAUAAAGAAAUUUCUCCAAGGCUUUAUGGCUCCCAAGCAAAAGAGAAGGAAACUCCAAAGUGAAGAUUCCACAAAAACAGAGGAAGUGGAUGAAGAGAAGAAAAUGGCCGAGGAAGCAAAGGUUGCCUCUGCGCUGGAAAAAUGGAAGGUGGCAAUCCGGGAAGCACAGACCUUUUCCAGAAUGCAUGUUCUUCUUGGGAUGCUUGAUGCCUGCAUCAAGUGGGACAUGUCUGCAGAAAACGCUAGAUGCAAAGUGUGUCGGAAGAAAGGUGAGGAUGACAAGCUGAUCCUGUGUGAUGAGUGUAAUAAAGCCUUCCACCUGUUUUGUCUGAGGCCGGCUCUCUAUGAAGUACCAGAUGGUGAGUGGCAGUGUCCAGCUUGCCAGCCUCCUACUGCCAGGCGCAAUUCUCGUGGCAGGAAUUACACAGAAGAGUCUACCUCUGAGGACAGCGAAGGUGAAGAGAGCAUUGAAGAGGAAGAAGUGGAAGAUGAGGAGGACAUGGAGGAGGAGGAGGAGGAGGACUAUGAAGUGGCUGGCUUGCGGUUGAGACCCCGGAAGAACAUCCGAGGCAAGCAGAGUGCCAUCCCUGCAGCAAGGCCAGGCCGACCACCAGGGAAGAAGUCCCAUCCAGGCAGGCCCCAGCCAAAGGCCCCACCUUUAGAUGACACUGAGGUUGAUGAGCUGGUGCUUCAGACCAAGCGCAGCUCCCGGAGGCAGAGCCUAGAGCUGCAGAAGUGUGAAGAGAUCCUCCACAAGCUGGUGAAGUACCGCUUCAGCUGGCCUUUCCGGGAGCCUGUGACCAGAGAUGAGGCUGAGGACUAUUAUGAUGUGAUUGACCACCCCAUGGACUUCCAGACCAUGCAAAACAAAUGCUCGUGUGGGAACUACCGCUCCGUGCAGGAGUUCCUCACUGAUAUGAAGCAGGUGUUUACCAACGCUGAGCUCUACAACUGCCGGGGCAGUCACGUGCUGAGCUGCAUGGGGAAGACAGAACAGUGUCUGCUGGCCCUGCUGCACAAACACCUCCCUGGCCACCCCUACGUCCGAAGGAAACGCAGGAAGUUUCCUGAUCGACUCGCUGAUGAUGAAGGGGACAGUGAUCCAGAGCCUCUUGGACAGUCCAGGGGACGAAGACAGAAGAAGUAGAGAGAUGGCCCUGGAGAGGGAGCUGAGGGGGGUAGCGGGAAACUGCAAUGGGGAGUGGGGGAGGCAAGAAGAUGGGAACUUGAGGGGGAAGUGCCUGUCACACUGCUUGGGCUGUCUUUCUGCGAUUCCCCAUAGGCCUUGCCCAGGCAAAGCUCUUGGGGAACCUGGUACUAGCCAGGUGAGCACUGCCCAGAAAUGCCAACGGCAGAAGUAGGCCUCCCUAUUUAGAAGUUCCAGAGGGAGCCUAGGUAUGGCUUCUCCUGUGAGCCCUAACCCCUCAGGACCCUCCACUUCGUUUCCACAGCAGUGCCAAGCUCCCUGGGUCCAGAGAGGGUACUUUACCCCACAACAGGAAGGAGAGUCACCUGGUUACUCAGGGAGGGGUGCGGAUCUUUUUGAAUCUAUAUUUAUACAGUCCUGUUUCUUUAUGUACUGUCUCCUCCUCCCUCUCAGGUGACAGUGUCAGCGAGUGCCAUAUGGAAUUGUGUUCACCAGCAUCUUGGGUUUUGAGUUGAUCUUGGCAGAGUAAAGGGAUGUUUCCAGGAGCCAUUCCUGAGUACCCCUGUCCUCCUUUGUGACAACCUUUCCCCACCCCCACCCAACGCACCACCUCAAAAAAA